CGUCCUUUAAAUGAGUUUGCAGAGUUGGAAGAUUUAAUUUCUUGCGAAAAAAACGAGCUUUUGUUUCAAAAGUUAACUCCAACUAUCAUUGAAAUAUUCAAGUCUAUUUCUUUAUGCAUGCAUUUUUUUGGACUGGGUAAAAAAUAACUUAAGAGAUCCAAAGGAAGUAAAAGUUUUUGUUGAAAUAAUGUCUAUAGCAGCAGGUGAAACUGAUUAUGAUUUGGAUAGAGUAAAAUGUUUUGAAGCAAGCUGUCUUGUGUUUAACAAUGUGAUCUUUGACUUGGAUAAUAACUCAGGAUUUAAAGAACUAUUAAACGUUUGUCAACAAAUAGAAAGAAAAAUGAAGAGUGAUCCUAACAUACUUAUAAAACUUAUUGAUACAAAUAACAACCUUGAGUGGUUUAAAAAUGCAAAGAAAUCUCAAGGUUCAGUGGCAACAAAAACUAUUAUGGAAGCUCAAAUAGCAAAUCGAAAUGGAUGUUUUGUUAUUGGCAAUUAUGGAAACAACAAUGGUGACUUUAUUGUGAAUAAAUUGUCUGAUGUUAUUAAAUUUGAAAUAGUAAACUCUACACCUAAAGCAUAUACUCUUGAGGAAGUAAAUGAUUUGCAAAGUCGCUUGAUGUUGCUUGGAGGUGAUAUUGGAGGGAACUCUUUAGUUGAGAAACAAAAAGAAAGAGAUUACUUUAUUGAAAUUGUUGAAGUAAUUAUGCGGCUGGGUCAAGCUUAUAUGAUGCUUUGUAAGGCUGGUGAUGUUAGCUACAUUAAUUGGAGAAAAAAUUUUUUUUGCAGCAUUGAAUCAGGUGAAGAAUUUUUAUUGGCUGAUUUGAAAUUAGAAACUGUAAAGAUUGAGAAAAGACUGACUGAAUGGAGCAACAUGUUAAAAAAUAUUCGUUUGGAAAAUCCUAUUAUAAAUCAUUUUACUAUCAAGCAAUGUCUUUUUCUUCAAAAACAUUUGUAUUUUUUGUAUGAAGAUUCAAAUUAUUGUCAAGUACUGCCCUUUCAGUUUUAUAUUCUUCUAAAAAAAUUUAAUCAAGAUGUCAAAUUAACUAAUGUUAAAAAAGCUUUAAGCUUGUCUAAUAGGAAAAAGAAUCAGAUUGUCAAGGAUGAUUGGAAAAAAACAUCUAAUUUUGAUGAACUCACUGCACUUGAAAUUCAUAAGAUAGUUUCUUCCCUGCAUGAAGUAUUCAAAUUUUCUGAAACUGUUGCUUGGGCAGCUACCCUAAAUAUUUUUCCAUAUUGUGAAUGGAAAGCUGUUUUGUGGUGUAAUAAACAAAAGCAAGAUGAUGAUCAAAUGAUUGAGUUUGAAUUGGAAGCGCGUAAACGAUAUGAACAGCUUUUAAAAAUAAAUACAUGCAAUGAAGUUUUGGUUGAGAAUAAUACAUAUGUAUCAGUUGAAGAACUUAGUUCUUUUUUAAAAGAAUACAUAGAUCUUAAAAUCUUUCAAGUUAAAAGAAGCAUUCCAAACUACAUACAUAAAAACAAACCCACUUUAAUAGUUUUGCCUCAUGAUGAAGUCCUCUAUGCAGUUCUUGAUAUUUAUCUUCAUGAAAAUGGUGCAUUCCCAUCAUCAGAAGAAGUUCUGCUUUGUGACAAUACUGUUUCUGUUGAAGAAAUUGAACUACUUAUUUUGCGUGCACAUCAUUACAAAGAUAGUUUAUUUUGCUUAGUUAUUGAUGACAACUUACAAUAUGAAAGUUGUGAAAAAGCAUACAAGUUUUUGGAGGCAACAAUUAAAUUAGGAAUAAUGAGUCCACUUGUAGUUUUCUGUAAUUCAGAGAGACAAAAUGAAUCAUAUUUUGUAACAGCAUUGGAACAUUAUAAACUCAAAAUACCAAUUAGCAUUCAGAAACAAAACACUAUCAAAGAUGUACACAGCUGUUUAGAACGAAAGCUAAUCAAUAAAACUACUGGUAUUCAUCUGAACACAUCAAUAUACAAAACACUUGUGGUUCAAUCAACAAAAAGUGGAAUGGGAAAGACACUCUGUGUCAAAAAAUGUGGGGAUCAUUUAGAUUUAUUUUACAAAGGGUUUUCUAUGGCUGUAAAAAACACCUUUAUGGUAACAAUACCUGUUCAUGGGACAACAGUGAAUGUAAACAGUAUUGUAGAAGCAUUAUUGGAAUAUGAUCAAGUUUCUCAUCUUUUCUCGACAUUGUAUCAUUUUGAUAUUAACCCAAUGGUUAAAGAAGGAUUAGAUUCAUUUCUUUUCAACUUGGUUAUUCUGGGAUCUUUAAAAACAAGUACAGGAAAACUUUGGAAGAUUGAUGAUAAAGAUACAUGUAUUAUUGAAAUUACCAUUGAUAAUUCUGAAAGACAAGCUAAUAAUGAAUCAAACAAAUCUACUGAAGUAAAUUAUGGUGUUGUUAAUAUGUUGCCAAAUGUAACUUGUCUAUCUCCUUGUGAAGUUUUAAGCUUACUGUCUGAUCAAACUACCUCAAUCAAAGAUGCUUCUGAAAGUAUUUGGUAUGACUCAGAAGAAUAUAAGAAAAAUUGUUAUCAACGUGUUUGUCAGUACUUGAGUAUCUAUAGUGGAAAAACUAGAUUUGAUGUUCAUUAUGGAAAUCAUAUCACAAAAAGUUAUAUACAUACCUUAGACAAAUUCGUUUAUGAUAAUUCACAAAUAAUAAUUACUCAAAAAGAUUGUUUGCAGAUAUUAUUGAAAUAUUGUGGUGUAAAUAAUCCUUGUUGGAGUGAAAUAAGAAACUUUGUACAUUUUUUUAACUCACAGCUUAUUGACUGUGAGAAUUCUGUAUUUACAAGUGAUCUUUGUUCAACUGAUUUGCGAGGUUUUAAGCAUUUUGUUGUUGGCUUCUUAUUGGAGAUGUCACAGGAUUUUUCCACAUGCUCCGUAUCUUCAAAAACUGUUGACAACAAUUGUUUAAUGGUUCAACUGAAACGAAAAUGGGAACAUAGUUUGCAUCCAUAUUUAUUUUUUAACCAAGACCAUGCUACAAUGACAUUUUUUGAAUUUAACAUUGAUCAAAGUGGAAAUUUGUUUGAUCCUGAAACAGGGUCAGUCAUUAAAAAGAAUAUUAUGUCAACAGAACUUUACCAUGACAUCAACAGACAGAUGGAAGGGUGCCUAAAUACUAAAUACAAGUUGCUGAACCGAAAUCAAAAACUGGAAAUACUCUGUCGUGUGUUGGGUGUUCAAACUUUUGACCCAGAUCCAACAUAUGAGUUAACUGUGGAUAAUUUAAAAAAAAUAUUAGCAAUUCACAUGCGACUGAGAUGUGCUAUACCUGUCAUCAUGAUGGGAGAAACUGGGUGUGGUAAAACAAAAUUAAUAAAGUUCAUGUGUGGUCUUCGAGCUGGAAAUCCAAAGAUAAGAAACAUGUUUCUAGUAAAGGUUCAUGGAGGUGUGACUCAUCAAGACAUACUCAUAAGAAUUAAACAAGCAAAAUGUUUAGCAAAAGAAAACUAUGAGAAUUACAAGAUAAAUACAAUUUUAUUUUUUGAUGAAGCAAACACAUCUGAUGCGAUUGGACUUAUUAAAGAAAUAAUGGUAGAUAAAAGAGCAGAUGGUAAACCAUUAGGACUAGAAGAAUGUGGACUUGAAAUAAUUGCAGCUUGUAAUCCGUAUAGAAGGCACACACCAACAAUGAUUCAAAAGUUAGAAUCUGCUGGAUUGGGCUACAAUGUUAAAUCUCCAUAUGAAAAAAUUGGUGACAUUCCUUUGAGACAAUUGGUGUACCGUGUACAUCCAUUACCAAAAAGCAUGAUUCCUCUUAUAUGGGAUUUUGGUCAAUUAAAACCAGAAACAGAGGAAACUUAUGCUAGGCAAUUAAUAAAAUGCUAUAUUAAGGAGAAAGCUUUGCCAGAUGAACCAAUGUUUUUUGAUCUUCUUGUUAAAGUUCUAUCAGAAUCUCAAGUAUAUAUGAGAAAGCAGCAGGAUGAAUGUCAUUUUGUUAGCCUAAGAGAUGUGGAGAGGGUUUUAAUGGCAACUUCAUGGUUUUAUAAAAAAAAUGAGAUCUUAAUGCAAAACAUGGACAUUUCAAACACUAAUUCUAAUCUUUCUGAACCUUCUGAAUAUGAAAAAAUGUGUUUGUCUUUAAUAUACGCAUUACAUGUCUGCUACAUAGCAAAGUUGGAAGAUAGAGAUUUGUAUAGGAAACACAUAUCUAAGUAUAUUACAGCACCAGGUUUUGCAUGUGAUGCAAACCGAAUUAAAGAAGAAGUUCAUAGACUUCAAAAAAGUUUUUUGAAUGGUAUUGAUCUUGAAGAAAACAUCGCACAAAAUCAAGCUUUAUGUGAGAAUAUUUUUAUGAUGGUUAUUUGUGUUGAGUUGCGUAUCCCUUUAUUUGUUGUUGGAAAACCUGGAAGUUCAAAGUCUUUAGCAAAAUCAAUUGUGCAAGAUUGUAUGCAAGGAAAAAUGUCAAAAUCAUUUCUUUAUAAAAAAUUUAAACAGAUUUUUAUGCUGUCAUAUCAAUGCAGUCCUCUGUCAACAGCAGAAAGAAUAAUUAACACAUUCAGGCAAUGUAGCAGAUUUCAAGUAGAAAAAGAUUUAGAUACUUUUGCUUCAGUUGUAGUUUUGGAUGAAGUUGGUCUUGCAGAAGAUUCACCUAAGAUGCCAUUAAAAGCAUUACAUUCAUUGUUAGAGGAUGGUACCGAUGGUUCUGAAGAUCUCACUGCUGAUGGUUCUACACUCAAGGAUAAAAGAGUGGCUUUCAUUGGGAUCUCUAACUGGUCUCUUGAUCCUGCUAAAAUGAAUCGAGGUAUAAUGUUGUAUAGAGGACAACCUGAUGUCAAUGAGCUAGUUCUUACUGCAAGAGAUAUAUGUUCUGGCGAUAAAGCUGUAAGGAGAAAAAUUGAUAUGCUAUUUGAACCUUUGACAAAAGGGUACUACAUGGUUUAUGAAGAACAAAAGAAAUCUGAUGUAUUGAUUAGUUGUAAAAAAGAAGAAUAUUUUGGACUUCGAGAUUUUUACAGUCUCAUCAAAUUAGUGUUUUGUUAUGCUCGAAAACUUCAAGAUGUUCCUUCCAUCAGUGAUAUUAAAUAUGCUGUUCAAAGAAACUUUAGUGGUCUUCAGGAAAUCAAUUCUUGGAAAAUAUUUAAGUCUUUUUUACCCCAAAAUUUAUCCAAGACUGAGAGGACCUUUGAUGUAUUAAGCAUGAUAACAGACAGUAUUGCAGAUCAAUGUCCGUGUUAUGUUGUCAGAGGAGAAAAUGCAAAGAGGCAUUGUCUGAGCUCUCGUUAUCUUCUUCUAAUGACUGAAGACUUUUCUGCUCUUCCUAUAAUUGACAAUCUAUAUGAAAAAGAAAAAUUCAAAAGCUGUAUUAUUUUUGGAAGUAGUUUUCCAAAGGACCAACAGUUUACACAGGUGUGUCGUGACAUUAACAGAAUUAAAAUUUGCAUGGAGACUGGUACUAAGGUUGUUCUACUUAACAUGGAGAAUUUAUAUGAGAGUCUUUAUGAUGCAUUAAAUCAAUACUAUGUAUCUCUUGGAGGAAAUAACUAUGUGGAUUUAGGCAUUGGAACUCAUAGAGUUAAAUGCAGAGUGCAUGAAGAUUUUCGGCUGAUAGUGAUAGCAGAUCGAGCUAAUGUUUAUAGCACCUUUCCAAUACCUCUAAUAAAUAGGCUGGAGAAGCAUUUUUUAACAUUAGCAAAUGGAAUGCCACCAGACCAAUUAAAAGUUGUUGAAAAACUUAAAGAAUGGGCUACUCAUUUUUCAUGUGUUAAAUCUACAACCUAUGAAUUUAAACCCAAGGAUUCUUUCAUUGGAUAUACUGAAGAUACUUGUGCAUCAAUUGUUCUUAAACUUUCACAAACGCACUGUGAUCCUGAUAAGAUAUUUGAAGAAGGUUGCAAGCUGUUGUUAAAACUUGCUACACCUGAUUCAUUAUUACGUGUUAUGAAGUCAAGUUUACAAAAUCAAUUUGGGUACAUUGAAAAUUUAUUUUAUGAACAGUUUCAUAGUUCUUUGAUUUCCUUUCUUUAUGCUGAGCUUGGUAAUACAGAUAGUAAAUUUCUGCAGAGUUUCAUUUAAUUCAGCAAACAAUUCAAGCACCAAUGCAAGAACUCUCAUUAUUAUUCAAGUUAAUAAUGCACAAGAAAAUAAAAAGUUAAUUGCAUGUGCGCAAUACAUUUGUAAAGAAAUGCGAGAUCAGUUCAAAGGAAAGAAGAUAUCAGUUCUUUUUAUCUUGCAACUGAAUUAUAAAUCUAGUUGUUUCAACUUACUGAGUUCUGUAUCAUUUUGGGACAGUUUUCAUAUUGAUGAGCUUUGCUCUUCAAGUAUGCCAUCGUUUAUUAAACAAACUGGUAAAUCGUUACAUGACAUUUUCUGUAAUGUAAAUGAUGAAGAAAAAUUAAAACUUAUUGAGCUUAUUACUGGAUGUAUUCAAAUGGCAACACGACAAAUAAGUGAAAGAAAAAAAAUGAAUAUCAAUGAAGUCUCUAAAAGAAUUGAUAAAAUUACAGAACUUUUAAAGUCUCAUCCAAAAGAUAUGAAGUAUUUAUUUGUUACUACCAUCAUGCAGAUGAUACAAAAUAACUUAAAAAAAGAAGAACAUAAUAUGUUGCCCGAUUUUAUAAAUAACUGGGUACAUUAUGAAGCUAUUGAACAAAAGUAUAUUAAAGAUUAUGGUACCUUUCAACAAGCUUUACGCUAUUAUGUUCAAGAUCGAAUUGUUCCAAUUCUUUCUUCUAUUAUGUCAAAUAUUGAUUGUUUCAGUAAUUUGUCAAUACUUUUCAAGCAGCCAGACUAUACUGAUUUGUGGCUUAAAUUAUUUUCAAAAACAAAUUGCUCCAGUAUUCAAAUAUCUAAUGAAUUGGAAGAAUCAUUUCAAUGCAAAUUUCCAUUUUCAAAUAGACUAUUCAAAGAGAUUGAACUUGUGAUAAAAAAUGUUAUUCAACCAGAGCAUAACUUCAACAAACACGAUUAUAAAUUGAUAUAUGAUACAUUAUCAAGUAUGCCGAUGACAAGUUUAACUCUCAAGUUAUCAAAAUCUAAUGUUGAUGAUUAUAUUUAUGAUUUGGUUCAUCUUUUAUUUCCUCAUCAAACUGAGAAAUCUUACAAGGUACUAGCACAUGGUUUGGUUUUUUUUGUUAGAAACAUAGUUACUGCCAGAAGCAGUUUUUUUAGCUCAUCAAAAGUUUUUGAUGACUUAGAUAAAAGUAGUUAUGAUAUCAUUGCCCUUCAUGUUGUUUUGAACACCAGAAUUACUCAAGAAAGAAUUGGAAACGUAGAAUUAAUACUUAGAAGUUAUCCAGAAAUUAGCGAUAUGAUAUCUUUGACUUCUCCAAUUGAUAUAGACAUACUAAUUUUGGAGCACUUAGUGUCUAUAGUUGAUUGUUUGGAGAUGAGUCCUUUUUGUAUGAACAAAAUAAAAAGUUUAAAUGUUUUAGUACAAAGAAUUCUUGAUAUAAAUCUUGAGUGCUUUGGUUCAUUAACAAUUAAAAAAAUCAAUGAAUUAAGAGUUAAGUGGUGUAAGCUUAGGAUUUGCGAAAGAUUUUCAGAGUUUGUUUUUUUUCCUUCAACAUGCUUUUGCUCUCAUCAAACUAAUUUGCUUCAUUUGUUAAAAAAGAGACUAGAUAUGCUAAAAGAUGAUAUGCUUACUCAAGAUUCAUGGGCACUAAUUGAGAAUUUUUUAAAAGUAGAUGCAACCAACUUUAGCAGUAACUUUAAUCAACAAUCGAUAUACAGAGAUUUUAUUAAUUGCUUGAACUGUACUGGUGAUGGUAAAGAUAUAGGAAUUUUUUUGCCAUGUUGUAAAAGCAGCUUUAAUUUGUGCAUUCAUCAUAUUCUUUUUAAAACAACCAAGUGCCCAGUUUGUAGUAAAGUUUUUGAAAAAGAUGAUAUUUUUGAAAAUAGUUUACAGAAAAGACACAUAGUGUUUGGGAAAAAAGAAUUUAAAAAAAGAUGCGAUGCAUUUUAUGCUGAAGUUAUCACAGAGUUUUACUUUGCUAAGAGAAAUUUCAAUAUGGUAGAAGCAGAUGUUUCAAAUAAAGUUUUAGACUUUGUUUUUUUUGCCCCAGCGACUUCAAGUUUAGAUUUAAAUAGCUCUGAUGCUGAAUCCAAAUCAAUCGUUUGUUUAUAUUUGCUUCAACAGCUUUUUCACAGGUCAUACAAUGAUGUUGAAAGCUACUUACAAAAGCAUUUUCAAAAAUUGUUUUUUAAUGAAAAUAAAAAACAGCUUUUUAGUACAGCAACUUUAUUUAUUUACUGUUCAGAGGAUAAGCUGCAACUUGAACACUCUCUAAUAAAGAAGAAUAGUGUAAUAAAUGCACCUUUUCUUGAUGCAGUAUCUGAAGGUUUGAUUGGUAUUUAUGACCUUAAAGAAAAGUUUACAUCAGAUAUAUCUAACAGCAAUUCAAAAUUUUUUGAGGCUGUAGCUUCUGCUCGAUUAUUCUUGGGAUACUCUGCAGAUAUUUUAUAUUUAUGGUUUGCUAAAAAAAAUACAGAUGUGCAAUUAAAAAAAAAGUUUAAUUCUUUUUUUGAAACAUUGGGCAGUUUCCUAAUCAAGUACAAAAACACUCCUAUGCACAUAUAUAUACUGAAACAAAUUGUUCGUAAAUAUGGAAUUGACAGUUUAAAAAAUAUUUUAGCACAAGCUAAUGCUGAUUGGCUUAUAUUUAAAAAAAAAAGCAACAAUAUACAAAGUUAUGACAAGCUCUUAAUGCAUGGUGACAAUUAUAAGAAUCUUUACAAUCGUUUGGUUGCUAAUGUAUUGGAAAAUGAUCAACAUGGUCUUUCUCAAUUAGUAAAAGAUAUCGAAAAUUCAAAUUUACACCAAAUGCUUUGGCUAACAAUCCCUAAGGUUGUUCAUAAUCUAGACAAGUUCCAUACUAAAAUAGUAAAAAAAGUACAGCACAGAUUACAAAUACAGGAGUGUUGUUCAGUUCUGAAUAAAUUCAAACCAUAUGAACAAUUUACAGACAUCUUGUAUCAUUUUUGGGUUGUGGUAAAUAGUGGUAAACCUGUAACCCAGCUGUUUUCACUUCUUAUGAUACAACCAUUGAAAGUUAAGGAUUGGUUUUUUCCAGCAAUGCCAAGUGACAAUUUUGCUGAAGUUUUCAACCUUCUUCAUCAAAAAGAGAAAAGUUCAUCAUUAAAAUUUUACACUUGUCCUCAAGGUCAUCCUUAUGUGAUAACGGAAUGUGGUCGUCCAUGGAUAGAAGUGAAGUGUCCUACAUGUUUUUUAACUAUUGGUGGUAAAAACCAUAUACUUGCUGCUAAAAAUCAGGAAGUAUCUAAUAGAAAUGACUCAACAAAGCCUGGUCAUUGUUUGGGUUUUUCAUCUGAUCGCAGUGCAUUUUCUAUUCCUCAACGUACUUUGACACCUGCUUCUGCCACAUUACAAACUUUUCUUAUAAAUCUCUCUCUAUUUGUUUCAACUUUAUUAGGAAAUGAGAAGGAGGUUUGUGAAUUGGUCCAUCCGCGAGUUUCUGCACUUCAAUUGAAAACUUUUUUUUUGGCACAUUUAGAAAAAGAUUUUGUUCUUUUGUCUAAUAUUAUUGCAAAAACAGAUGAUGAAAUAAAUACUGUAAUACACUUGUUAUUCAAAUGGUUGUUAGAUUGUAAUUUACAAGACAAACUUUUUGAAUUAAAAGAUCAAGCAUCGCGCAACCAAUAUGAAAACACUUUUCAUCAAACAGUUGUUCAACCAUUUUUUUGUACUUUAAAUGAUCAGUUAGAAUCCUACAACAAGUGUUUAUUGACAGAUCAAUGUAUAACUAAUAGUCCUUUGAUGAGACAUAUUUAUGAAAUUGAUGACAAACACGUUAGUAAGGAUUCCUCUAUGACACUUAUGAGUCCACACCUUUGGUUGUACAGAGAGUCAGUUUCAGUUGAAAGUCUUAAAAAUUUUGUUCAACAUAAGGUUGCUACUGGUGCUGCUAAAGACAUUCCAAUUCUUGUGAUGAUUUUUGAGCAGGAAUUAAUACUUACCAUGAUUAAAGAUUUAUCAUCAAUAUUAGAGCUUCAAAGGUUUCUACAAUACGAGUUUAACUACAAGCUAGACAAACAAACUGCUGUCGAAAAAAAUGUCAAGGAGGUUCUUAGAGAAUUCCCAAAAAAAAUUCGAGCUACAUUACAAAAGCUAUUCGUUUGUUUUAUCAAGACAUGGAAUGAGUCGCGUACCCAUUUUACAGCGAGGCAAAUGAAAUUAGAUCAUAAUCUUCAUUCCAUAAAACUUGAUCUCAACAGCAAGUUAGCUUACUUUAUAAGUUCAAACUCUGAUCAUGGCUUGUGUGCUGCAAUGUUAAUAGAUUUUCUUGCUUCUAAACAGAACGAACUUCUACUAGAAUGUCAGUUGAAUAAUAGUAUUAAUGUUUUUCAGCGACUUCACAUAACUCAUUUAAAAGAAAAUAAUAUAAUAUUUUAUGAGAGAGAUCGCGAUCUUCUUCCAUUAGUCUACAAACAUUGUGAAUAUUCUCUUGAUAUGGGUAGAUCUCCAAAGAUUGAAUACAAUUUGGACACAAUUCAAAAACGACUUUUAGAAAAUGUGAUUUUCGGAAAAUCAAUUAUUGACAUCGAAGUUAUUCAAUUCUUAUUCAGAGAUGGAUUAAAAAGUCUUAACUUUCCAUUACUGAGAAGUAAUGUAAAACAAACCAGUAUUCCGUUAUCAGAACAGCAUAACAUUUUAAAAGAAUUCAAUGAUAUUACAGAUAUAUCAAAGACUUUGAGAGCAGUCGAAACUGCUAUUGGUAUUCUAGCAUCUACAGGAGGUGAUCCUAAUAUGUUAUAUAAAAAGUAUUUAUUGGACAUACUUAGAAUGGACGAAUGUGAAUAUUUGGCAAAUAAAAAAAUGCAAAAUUUUAUUCGGCUAACUCAUUUGCAUUCUGUAUGGCUUUUAUUAACAACAGAGCGAGCCCGUUACAUAUAUACAAGCAAGCAGCAAGUUCCGUUUCAAAUUAAAGAAUUUUUUAUGGCUGAAGAUCUCGAUGAUAAAAUAUUGAAAGACCAAAAAAUAAAGUUUUCUCAGGCUAAUAUUAUUGAGUUACUUUCUCUUGUCACAGAGUAUGUUGUUUUGGAGCUACCAUUAAGAAAGGAAUCAGAUUGUACCAUGAUGUUAAUGGAGGCUCUUCAAAUUUACGAUAACCAAUUAAGUUGCAUUGAUCGGAUAAACGAAGAAUUUCUAUUGAAACAUAUUUAUUUGUUUUGGACAAUGAUAGUAUCUCUUGUGUAGAAGUUCUACAUUUGAAUUUUAUCUAAGUUUUUUUUUAAUCUAUUUUUAAUUUUUUUUUCAAUAUUGAAUCUUACAUUUUUGGUUUUAUUUUUUAUUCAGUUGUAUAAAAUUUGGAGGUUUUAAAUAAGUUCAAUUC